AUUCCUCUAUUCUUUGUUACUGUUCCGGCCUUCAUCCGUGCAAUUCCCUUUAAUCUGAACCUCGCCCUCCAAUUUCUCAUUCCCAGAUCUGCUAUUCCUAGGGUUUUCUCCACAGACAUGGCGUCUCUGAAUGAGCUCGAGAGGAGCAUCUGAAGUAGCGGAAGAAAAGCUAAGACUCAACAAAGAGACAUCGUUGGUUGCAUUUGCCUGAAGUAGAAGAUCUGCUGCUUCUUUGCUGGAGAUGAGUGCGUCCAGGUUCAUCAAGUGCGUCACUGUUGGCGACGGUGCUGUCGGCAAGACCUGCUUGUUGAUUUCGUACACCAGUAAUACGUUUCCCACGGACUAUGUGCCAACUGUUUUUGACAAUUUCAGUGCUAAUGUUGUUGUUGAUGGAAGCACAGUAAAUCUUGGAUUAUGGGAUACUGCUGGUCAGGAGGAUUAUAAUAGAUUAAGACCCUUGAGCUAUCGAGGAGCAGACGUCUUUAUACUUGCCUUCUCCCUUAUAAGCAAGGCCAGCUAUGAAAAUAUUGCAAAGAAGUGGAUCCCUGAGCUGAGGCACUAUGCUCCUGGUGUUCCAAUAAUUUUAGUUGGAACGAAGUUAGAUCUUCGAGACGAUAAACAGUUUUUCAUGGACCACCCUGGUGCUGUGCCUAUAACUACAGCGCAGGGAGAAGAACUGAGAAAGCUGAUAGGCGCUCCUGCGUACAUCGAGUGUAGUUCUAAAACACAGCAGAAUGUGAAAGCCGUGUUUGACGCAGCCAUCAAAGUGGUGCUUCAACCACCAAAGCAAAAGAAAAAGAAGAGGAAGGCUCAGAAAUCCUGUUCAAUAUUGUGAUUGAUUGGGGAGAGCAGGAAGCUGUAUGGUUUGGACUGAUAUUCUAGGCUAUUUUGUCCAGUCGGUCAAACACUGAUUUUAGUAAUCUGUAACUAUCGUCAACUUCAUUUGAUAACACUAUCUGGAUUUCAUUUUUAAUGUGUGCUACACGUUAGGGGCUUCCCAACGAGAAAAUGUUUCAUUGAGUAGUCAUAUUCGAUGA